UAUAUACAAUGGUUUGAUAGCAGAGUGACAAGUAUGACAAAUGUGGGUCAUUUUAGGUCGGCCAUAAAACGACCCGCGUCAUCGCAACGUUGACGAUUUUUCGCGCGAGAGCCGUGUGUUGCUUCACGCGCAUCGCAACGCAUGCUCGCUCGCUCGCUCGCUCGCUGCCAUGCCAUCAGCUGAAGCCGCGUCAAAAAAGAAACACGUUCGUUUCGCCAGGAUGGAAGAGGACAAUGACAACGACGAGCAGGAAGAGGGCACGCUUUUCGACAAACCGAAAGAUAUUAGGAAAGGACUGAAAAGCGCUCUGAAGGGGGGUAAAGGGGUACCGAGCCUCGGCUCCGAAAAUGUUGAAAUAGUUCGACCCGGACGGGGCCAGAGCGACACUAGGGCAUGUUGGCGAUGGCUGGUUAGCCUUGCGCUCUGCGCAGCCUUUCUCGGGCUGGGAAUGGCAAUCUCUGUAUUGGGCCCGACCUUUGAAGACCUGGCUAUCAAUGUCAACAAGAACAUAAGUAAUUUGUCCUAUAUUUUUGUGGGUCGUUCAUCUGGAUAUAUUGGAGGCUCACUAUUAGGAGGGAUCCUGUUUGACUGUGUGAAUCCUCAUCUGUUUCUGGGUGUUUCCUUGAUGAUCACUGCAUUUGGGAUAUCUGGAACUCCCUUCUGUAAAAAGGCUUGGCUGCUCACUGCUUUAAUGUCCAGUUUGGGGGUCUCGAUGGGAGUGUUAGAUACAGGUGGUAAUGUUCUCAUACUGAACACUUGGCGAGAGAAAGCUGGGCCUCACAUGCAGGCUUUGCAUUUCAGCUUUGCUGCUGGAGCAUUUGCCUCCCCAAUCAUAGCCAAGCUUCUGUUUGGCCACAGUCCAGGCAAUGCCACCUUGUACACGCCUCUAGUGUCUGGACACGCCUCCAAAACAAUUGAUGCCAUCUUGCCGUUCGCCCAUCCCAAGAUCAACAUUAUGUCAUCCAUGUGGGCCUACAUUGUGAUUGGUGUUUAUAUUUUAUUGGUGUCACCCCUGUUUUUCAUCAUGUACUCCCGCAGUUCCCCUUCUUCAAACAGGGCUAAGACACCCUCAGGAAAGCCCCUGUUCUCCAAAAACCACAACACACUCAUAUUCCUGCUGUCCACGUUCUUUUUCUUCUACGUUGGAAGUGAAGUAGCAUACGGCUCCUUUAUAUUCACCUAUGCAAAGGACCACGCUGGUAUGGAUGAGGCUCAGGCAGCAGGGCUGAACUCGCUUUUCUGGGGAACGUUUGCAGCUGGUCGUGGUCUGGCCAUCUUUUUUGCGACUUGUCUGCGCCCAGGCACGCUGAUCCUGAUGAGUCUAGUGAGCACCACAGUUUCCUCUCUCUUGCUUCUCCUUUUUAGCAAAAAUAGCCCUGUGCUCUGGGCUUGCACUGCCCUGUAUGGUGUCUCCAUGUCUACCAUCUAUCCCAGUGGGAUUUCAUGGGUGGAGCAGUACACAACGGUGACAGGGCGGUCAGCUGCAUUGUUUGUGGUGGGAGCAGCCCUUGGUGAGAUGGUCCUGCCAGCCCUGCUGGCAUUCUUACUGGGGCAGGUGAAGAAUGAACCAUUGCUGAUGUACCUGGCUCUUGGGACAUCCACCUUCACUUCCAUCCUGUUCCCUGUUAUGUACAAACUAGCAUCACCAGGAGGUGCAUCUGCCCUACGGAAAGGGCCGGGCAGACACACCAAGGAUGCCGAUGACAGUGAGUACCGGCAAGCCCUGCUGGACAAUGUGGAGGAAGAAGAGGACCAGCAGAACAGUGGUGAAGCUGACCAAUGGAACGAUGCAGACUUUGAGGUGAUAGAGAUGGAUGAUGCAAGCCUAAUUAGCUCUCCUUCUAAAGCCACAAUGCCGCCUGAUGUUGAAGCCAGUGCUCUUGUUGCCCAGUCAAUGGCCACUUCCUCAGCCCCACCGCCAGCACCGUCCACAGCCCCCAAAGACUUGGCACCUGUGCCAAACAAACUGGCCUUUCCUACAGACUCUCCCAGACGCAAACCGUUCAUGUCCCUCAACAGGGAGAAGGAGGAUUAAUUUAUUACACUACAUCAAGUAGAUCUCAAUACUUUAUUCCUGAGACAGGAACUGAGGGGUGGCUGGUUGAAUCACCCUCUCCACAGCAACCUGAAGCAUUCAUGCAAAAUCUCUUAAUGCCGUUUGAUAAAAAGAUAGUAGACAUUUAGCACUUAUUAAACAUUGCAGUUACAUGUUCAGACAUUUUAACAUGUAUUUGCUUUCUUGUGCAUUCCUUCGGUAUGAAGACAUAAUCCACACGUCUUUUUCUCAACACCACUGUUCUUGUUAAAUGCAGCGUUUCGUUCAACCUGAUAUUUGCAAGUUCCUACUUGGAAAAAUGCAACAGAAAGGCACUUAAAUUCGACUUACAACUUGGAAACUCAUGCAGAAAUCCUUAACUCUGAUUUCGCAGAGAUGCAGGCACAUGACAUCAUGCAAAUGUACACCUGUAGAACAAAUGCUAGCAUUGCACAGCAUAGUUUAUUCUCUGCGAUUCGAUUACUAAGAGAUUGUCGAACAUCUGCUAAGCAUCACAACUUUAUUUCCUCAUACGUCAUAUUCUGAGCAUAUGGCAAUGGAAUGCCUUUAUGGUCUGGGAUAGGCAAUAUCAAUAGGAAUAUCCCACAUCUGACUUGAAUGGAAUGCAGCAUAAGAGUGGAUGUUUUCAAUAUCUCUCUCUCAUUUACCUCAGAUCCACUCAUUUAUUGACUUGACCUGGAAAAAUGUAAGGAUAUUGUAAAAUUGUAAUCAGGAGAAUGCUUCGAUCUAAAGAACUGUGAAAUGGCUUGAAGGCAAUAUGUGUGAUCUUUUAUUUUUUGUGUGGUCUAAAUGAAUGUAUAAAAACUAAACCUGGUCUCAUUGUAAAAAUGUUACUGUUACUAUAUUUUUUCCAAAUCACUGUUACGUGCAUUGUUCUACUUAUCGCUGCAGUUUGCUGGUGAAAUAAACACCACAAAUUUUGAGGCAAUGAGUUUUUUUUUUUUUUACUUUCAUGUGAAAUCAGCAGAUUAAGUUCAUAAACACUUGUUUUUCCACUCUGUUCCCCACACAAUACUAUUGAAACAUUAACGCCUGAUUUGAAAUAUGAUGUAUUUGAAUAUUGCAUUACAUAACCAACUGCAUUAAAGCGAGUUUAACUUGCACGGUGGCACAACUGAUAGGACAUUGGACAGAGAAGACUGGGGUACGAGACUAGUGAAGUUGACACGUGAGCCCAAAUGAAAUUACGUGGUUGUUUCAGUUUUUGCGUUUUGAAUCUAACAUUUGCUUUUAUAACACUGUUGGUUAGUUUAAGGUUCCGGAUGUCUGUUGUGUUCAGGUAACAUUUGCUUUAAUGACACUAGUUAGGUUUAGAUGUUGCAUUAAGUCGGUAUGUUGGUUUUGUUUAUUUAAAAUAGAAAAAAAUAUCUUCUCACAUUUACUUUUUAUGACACUAUUGGGUAGGUUUUUGUUGAUCUAGAUUAGGAUGGUAGGUUUUAUUCAUUUAAAACUUCAUAGAGCAUUAACUAAAAAAAAACGUGUCUUUUUGGGUGAACAUUAAAGUCGUUUUUUAGGGCCCCUCAGUGGACAUUUCACCUUGAAACUGCAGUGAUACGUGUAGUAAAAUAAUUUGGCAAAAAUUUUGCCAGUCAUAUAGUUUGAGAUUAGGCUGAAGUAACAUUUAUGGACAUAAAAAAGGACUUCAGCAUCAAAAUGUUAUGUUGUUGAAAUAUUUGAUCAUUCAUCGUCAUACUUUGUGUUAUUACCAAAAAUCUAUUCACUGGGCAUUUAAUUUUUAUGAAAUGUGAUUUUUUCCUGUUAUGCCCCAACUAAUGACAGCUGUCACAGUUUAUCAUUUGCACACCUUGUUAGAAAUGUUGUUUUAAGUGUUUUUUUUUUUUUUUUUUACCAAAAUUGAGUUGUGGAA